GUAAGGCGAGUGCAAUGUCCACCGCGAGCAGCCGAUAUGUCGCGUACUUUGGCUCAUUGCUCUCCUGAUUCUUCCUGCAGUUUAUAAAAAAAAAAACGAGUGCGCGACCGAGGAAGGAAUUAUAGUGACCGCGAGAUACACUUACUUAUAUAUACUGCACACAAGCCGGAGCAGCAGAGCUCUCAAUAUACUUUUCCACGGCGCCAAUCGCCGGAGUUUUUUGUGAAAAUAACUUGACUCAUCGAGAGUGCUCGAUUUGUCAGUCGUCAAGUCGUCGUACGUAUACUACUAUUUGGCUGUGGCGGUAUCCGGCGCUGCCUCUUCGCGUGUACAUACCCGCGUACACUUUGCUCGUUCUAUUAUUACAUAGUUUACGAGCGAAAAAAUGAAUUGAUUAGGAGAAACGAGCGACGAGAUGAUCCGAGAGAGUCCGUGACUUAAUCGAGUUUUUGUGAAGUGUUCAAUCCAGUUCGACGCCGUACUACCGCAUCCGACGACGCUCUUCGGUACACCUGUUUGCGUUGAAAAAAGAAGCUGCUCCGUUUUCAGCAACAUGGUCUCGCUGAUAAGGCUGUUCAUCUUCAUCGCCUGCACAGUUAUUGUCAGCAGCACGGAGGCGUCGCGUGUUUUGGAGCUUAGCGACAAACUCUUGGAUAUACACAAAGAAGGACCAUGGCUCAUAAUGAUGUAUGCACCUUGGUGUGCUCAUUGCAAGAGAUUAGAACCGGUGUGGGCCCAUGUUGCGCAGUAUCUGCAUUCCACAUCGAUAAGAGUUGGACGAAUAGAUUGUACUAGGUUUAAAAAUGUAGCUCAUACUUUUCAAAUCAAAGGAUUUCCAACAAUCAUGUUUUUUAAGGGAGAUCAGCAGUUUGUUUACAAUGGUGAUAGGACUAGAGAUGAAAUAGUUAAGUUUGCUUUGAGAUUAAGUGGUCCAGUUGUGCAGGAAGUCACAAGAACAACAAGUUUUGAUACUCUUAAAAAAGAUAGAGAGGUCUAUUUUUUGUACGUCGGUGAGAGAUCUGGAAUGAUAUGGGACAUUUAUCACAAUGUUGCAAGCAUAUUUCAACCUCAUGCUUUCUUUUACCAAUCUCAUCCGGUUGUGGUUGACAAGCAUGCUCCUAUUGUAAAAACACCAACGUUAUUUGUUUACAAAGAAAAUUCACAUUACAAUUUUUCAGGCCAUGAUAUAACUGAUAGAAAGAAACUAAAUGAAACUAUUUAUAAGUGGGUAAAUGCUGAAAGAUUCCCAACAUUCCCAAAAGUAACUCAAGGAAAUAUUUAUCAAUUAUACUUGACUGGUAAAAAUCUAGUCUUAGCAGUUGUAGAGGAGAAUCCUUUAGAAGAAGUAUCACCUGAUAUGUUAGAAUUUAAAGAUAUGGUUGAAUCAGUCAUUAAAAGGAAACGUCAAAAAUACCAUGAUCAUUUUCAAUUUGGUUGGGUAGCAAAUCCUGAACUAGUCAAUAGAAUAGCAAUGAUGGUUGUACCAUUACCAAGUUUAAUUGUGAUCAAUACUACAACUAAUCAUCACUACUUUCCAGAGGAUGAGCCAGAAAAGUUGACUCCUCAUGCAAUUGAAUUGUUUUUGGAACACAUUCGAAAUGAAAAUGCGCCGAAAUACGGAGGAAACAGUUUUGUAGUAAAAAUAUAUAGAUCAUGGUUUGAAGUAAAGUCUUCACUAGUGUCUAUGUGGCAAGGCAAUCCAAUUCUGACACUAGUUUUGUUUGGAUUGCCUGCAGGAUUUUUAUCUCUUAUUUGCUAUAAUAUCUGGUGUCCAGAUAUAUUUGAUGCAGAUGAUGAGGAAGAAGAAAAUGCAGAAGCAAGUCAUAAAAAGAAAGACUAGAAUAUUCAUGUUCCAGCAAAGAAAAGAAAAAAUCCUAUAUUGAAACUAAAA